UACAAGAGCCGGCUCAAAGAACCGGCUCGUUCGUGACCAACACAUCACCAGACUCGUCACGUGACGUCAGUUCGCUUGUAGUGUAGUUGAGCUCAGCAGCUGUUAGCUUCCUGCUGCUGCUGCUGCUGCUGCUGUUGUUGUUGUCCGGUUCAGUCUGUGAUGCUCUAGACUCUCACAGCUCACCGGUUGACUGGAACAUGGAGCGGUACGGGUCGGACACGGAGGGGGACGAGACACCGCUGCUGCACCGAGGACACGAAGACAAAGUCCAGAGAGCCCCAGCAUGCUGCUCAUCACGCUAUGGCCUGGCACUGCUCUCCUCUUUUGGCUUCUUCGUGGUCUACUCCUUGCGGGUGAACCUCAGUGUGGCCAUGGUGGACAUGCUUAACAACACCCACCAAGCCAGCACCAACCACAGCGACUCAGUGUGUCCCGCUCAUGCCAACCCUCCACGGCCUAAACACAACCACACGGCCAGUACGUACGACUGGGACUCUGAGACACAGGGUUUGAUCCUGGGCUCCUUCUUCUACGGCUACAUCCUGACACAGAUCCCCGGGGGCUACCUGGCCGGCCGCUAUGGACCGAAGUGGCUGUUGGGCUUUGGAAUCCUGGGAACUGUAGUUUUUACGCUGCUCACCCCUGUGGCUGCUGACCUGGGUGCAAGCUACCUCAUCGCUGUCAGGGUGCUGGAAGGGAUAGGAGAGGGAGUGACAUUCCCUGCAAUGUACACCAUGUGGGCAGCGUGGGCCCCACCGCUGGAGAGGAGCCGACUGCUCACCAUUUCCUACAUUGGAGCCCAGAUGGGGACGGUUAUAUCUCUUCCACUGUCUGGUCAAAUCUGCUUCUACCUGGACUGGACCUACAUCUUCUAUAUAUUUGGUGCUGUUGGCCUGGUGUGGUUCGUCUUGUGGGCCUUCCUCGUCUUUGACAGUCCAAACACUCACCCACGGAUAUCAGAGCAGGAGAGACUCUACAUCACCAACUCACUCAAGAACGAGCUGUCCACCUCAGCAGGCAACAUCCCCUGGCGAGCCAUAGUGACGUCCAGACCGCUGUGGGCCAUCGUCGUGGCUCACUUCUCCUACAACUGGACCUUCUACACCCUCCUCACCCUGCUGCCAACCUACAUGAAUAAAGUACUGGGAUUCAGCAUACAGCAGAACGGGAUGCUGUCAGCUCUUCCUUACCUGGGCUGCGCUGUGAUGGCCGUGCUGAGUGGACAGCUCGCCGAUUACCUUCGGGAAACCCUCUCCUACCGCACCGUCAUGGUCAGGAAGUCCUUCUCCCUUGUUGGUAUGAUCGGGCCGGCGGUGUUCCUGGUGGCAGCAGGUUAUACAGGAUGUAACUUCACCUUGGCUGUGACCUUCCUCACCAUCUCCUCGGCUCUGGGCGGAGUGUCGGCCUCUGGCUUCAACAUCAAUCACCUUGACAUCGCUCCUUCGUAUGCUGGUAUUCUCCUGGGAAUCACCAACACCUUUGCCACCAUUCCUGGCAUGGUGGGACCAAUCAUAGGAGGAAGACUCACCACACAAAACACCAUAGAGGAAUGGCAGAGUGUUUUCUACAUCGCUGCUGCCAUCAACCUGUUUGGAGCGGCGUUCUACACUCUGUUUGGCCGAGGAACGGUGCAGCCCUGGGCCGUCCACACAUCCUACUCUCACGGAGACUGAGGCAGAAGACGAGUGCCGGACUCGUCCAUUUGAUGAUUCUGAUUGGUCAGGUGGACAGGUCUCAAUUAUGGUCUUAUUCAACGGGUAAUCAGCGAGAGGUGUGGUCCAGCUGUGCUGAUAAUUGUCAAAGCACGGCUGAGUAACAGUGAGUUACAGCCAUAAUACCCUCGAGGGAUGUUCUUUACUGUGACUGCCAAGAGUCUGUUGACAGAUAAACCCACAGUCACAGUAAUGAACAAAGAAGACUGAAGUGAAUAUAUCUUGGAGGCAAAAAUAAUCAUUUAGCAGAGCAAAUAAUCACAGUAUGCAUCUCCAAGAAGUAUCAGAGGAAGCUGUUAUUAUGAAGCUGAGCAAAAGGGAUGUAGCCAGUUAGUUAGAUAGCUACAGGUUAUCUAAAAGCAUUAUGAACAUGAGACUAAAACUGUGUAUAAGGGCCAUUGUAGGAAAAAAUAAUAAUAAUAAUUACAGAGCCGGGGAAGGAGUGUAAUAUUCCGGGAAAAAACUCACAAAUUUUGCGAGAAAAAUACUGCAGUGCAAAGCUGUGGUAGACACCAUCUAAAUUCCAUUGCUUCUAAAGUAUUGUUUUUAUGGUACGGUUCGCCUCGGAGCAAGGCGAAGAUCUUGAAAGAUACAUAUACACCUUUUCUUUCACGUUCUAUGUGUUCUUUUAUGAACAUAGAUAAAUACUAAUAUUGUAGAAGUUACAGGGAAAUAGAGACGAACAACUUCUAUCUUUGGUUACACGGAGACGUGUCUUUUAUUUCAGCACAGCUAACACUAAAAACCACCCGAUAAGACGUUACUCGGAAUACGCUGAUACCUUAGUCACACACUGGGGGCGUCAUGAUCUUGAUUCUAAAUCGAUCAAAAUGAAAGCGAGUAUUUGUUUUCUCCCCGCCUACUUGCGUGCGUCCUAUUUCAAAGACGACACAGCGUAGCUUACCUGUAGCUGCACUUGGAGACACCGUGGCCUCUGCCGGAGUCGAAGAGGAUGGA